CACGCCGCGGCGAUCAUGGCCGCGCGGGCAGCAGCGGCGGCGGCGGCACGGGCGGGCAGCGGUGAGCGGCGGGCGCCCCCCGGGCCGCGGCCGGCGCCCGGGGCCCGGGACCUGGAGGCGGGGGCGCGCGGCGCGGCGGCGGCUCCGGGACCCAUGCUGGGGGGCGGCGGCGACGGCGGCGGCGGCCUGAACAGUGUACACCACCAUCCCCUGCACCCCCGUCACGAACUGAACAUGGCCCAUAGCGCGAGCGCCGCGGCCGCCGCCGCCAGCACUAACAGCGCCAAGAGCGGCGGCUCCGAGGCGGCUCUCAAGGAGGGUGGAAGCGCCGCUGCGCUGUCCUCCUCCUCCUCCGCGGCGGCGGCGUCCUCCUCUUCCUCCUCGUCGGGCCCGGGCUUGGCCAUGGAGACGGGGCUGCUCCCCAACCACAAACUGAAAGCCGUUGGCGAGGCCCCCGCCGCGCCGCCCCACCAGCAGCACCACCACCACCACCAUGCCCACCACCACCACCACCAUGCCCACCACCUCCACCACCACCACGCACUACAGCAGCAGCUAAACCAGUUCCAGCAGCAGCAGCAGCAGCAACAACAGCAGCAACAUCCCAUUUCCAACAACAACAGCCUGGGCGGCACGGGCGGCGGCGCGCCUCAGCCCGGCCCCGACAUGGAGCAGCCGCAACAUGGAGGCGCCAAGGACAGUGCCGCGGGCAGCCAGGCAGACCCCCCGGGCCAGCCUCUGCUGAGCAAGCCGGGCGACGAGGACGACGCGCCGCCCAAGAUGGGGGAGCCGGCGGGAGGCCGCUACGAGCACCCGGGCCUGGGCGCCCUGGGCGCACAGCAGCCGCCGGUCGCCGUGCCCGGGGGCGGCGGCGGCGGCGGCGGCGGCGGCCCGGCGGCCGUCUCGGAGUUUAAUAAUUACUAUGGCAGCGCUGCCUCUGCUAGCGGCGGCCCCGGCGGCCGCGCUGGGCCUUGCUUUGAUCAACAUGGCGGACAACAAAGCCCCGGGAUGGGGAUGAUGCACUCCGCCUCAGCCGCCGCCGGUGCCCCCAGCAGCAUGGACCCCCUGCAGAACUCCCACGAAGGGUACCCCAACAGCCAGUACAACCAUUAUCCGGGCUACAGCCGGCCCGGCGCGGGCGGCGGCGGCGGCGGCGGCGGAGGAGGAGGAGGCAGCGGAGGAGGAGGAGGAGGAGGAGGAGGAGGAGGAGCAGGAGCAGCAGCAGCAGCAGCAGCAGGAGCGGGAGCUGUGGCGGCGGCGGCCGCGGCGGCAGCAGCAGCAGCAGGAGGCGGCGGCGGCGGCUAUGGGGGCUCGUCCUCGGGGUACGGGGUGCUGAGCUCCCCCCGGCAGCAGGGCGGCGGCAUGAUGAUGGGCCCCGGGGGCAGCGGGGCCGCGAGCCUCAGCAAGGCGGCCGCCGGCGCGGCGGCGGGGGGCUUCCAGCGCUUCGCCGGGCAGAACCAGCACCCGUCGGGGGCCACCCCGACCCUCAACCAGCUGCUCACCUCGCCCAGCCCCAUGAUGCGGAGCUACGGCGGCAGCUACCCCGACUACAGCAGCCCCAGCGCGCCGCCGCCGCCGCCGUCGCAGCCCCAGUCCCAGGCGGCGGCGGCGGCGGGGGCGGCGGCGGGCGGCCAGCAGGCGGCCGCGGGCAUGGGCUUGGGCAAGGACCUGGGCGCCCAGUACGCCGCUGCCAGCCCGGCCUGGGCGGCCGCGCAACAAAGGAGUCACCCGGCGAUGAGCCCCGGCACCCCCGGACCGACCAUGGGCAGAUCCCAGGGGAGUCCAAUGGAUCCAAUGGUGAUGAAGAGGCCCCAGUUGUAUGGGAUGAGCAGCAACCCUCAUUCCCAGGCGCAGCAGAGCAGCCCGUACCCAGGAGGCUCCUACGGUCCUCCCGGCGCACAGCGGUACCCCCUUGGCAUGCAGGGCCGGGCCCCAGGGGCCCUGGGAGCCCUGCAGUACCCACAGCAGCAGAUGCCACCUCAGUAUGGACAGCAAGGUGUGAGUGGCUACUGCCAACAAGGCCAACAGCCAUAUUACAACCAGCAGCCCCAGCCCCCGCAUCUCCCGCCCCAGGCGCAGUAUCUGCCAUCCCAGUCCCAGCAGAGGUACCAGCCGCAGCAGGACAUGUCUCAGGAAGGCUAUGGAACUAGAUCUCAACCUCCUCUGGCCCCAGGAAAGCCGAAUCAUGAAGACUUGAAUUUAAUACAGCAAGAAAGACCAUCAAGUUUACCAGACCUGUCUGGCUCCAUUGAUGACCUCCCCACAGGAACGGAAGCAACCCUGAGCUCCGCGGUCAGCGCGUCGGGGUCCACAAGCAGCCAGGGGGACCAGAGCAACCCAGCUCAGUCACCUUUCUCUCCACAUGCCUCUCCCCAUCUCCCCAGCAUCCCUGGGGGACCCUCACCUUCUCCUGUUGGCUCUCCUGUAGGAAGCAACCAGUCGCGAUCUGGCCCAAUUUCUCCUGCAAGUAUUCCAGGCAGUCAGAUGCCUCCUCAGCCACCUGGGAGCCAGUCAGAAUCCAGUUCCCAUCCUGCCUUGAGCCAGUCACCAAUGCCACAGGAAAGAGGUUUUAUGGCAGGCACACAAAGAAACCCUCAGAUGUCUCAGUACGGACCUCAGCAGACAGGACCGUCCAUGUCGCCUCAUCCUUCUCCUGGGGGCCAGGUGCACCCUGGAAUCAGUAGCUUUCAGCAGAGCAACUCGAGUGGGACUUACGGCCCGCAGAUGAGCCAGUAUGGACCCCAAGGUAACUACUCCAGACCCCCAACGUAUAGUGGGGUGCCCAGUGCAAGCUACAGUGGCCCAGGGCCUGGUAUGGGCAUCAGUGCCAACAACCAGAUGCAUGGACAAGGGCCAAGCCAGCAAUGUGGUGCUAUGCCCCUGGGACGGAUGCCGGCAGCUGGGAUGCAGAACAGACCAUUUCCUGGAAACAUGAGCAGUGUGACCCCCGGCUCUCCUGGCAUGUCUCAGCAGGGCGGGCCAGGCAUGGGGCCGCCGAUGCCCACCGUGAACCGGAAGGCACAGGAGGCCGCUGCAGCCGUGAUGCAGGCUGCUGCCAACUCAGCACAAAGCAGGCCACCACACAUUAGGUCGCCUGCUUAUCCCAGCCAGUCUGGGGCUGGCGGACGCCCCAUGUUUUCUUCCCAGCACCCCAACUAUGGCAGCUCCCAGGCUCCCAUGAUGCACCAGGCUGACCAGUACGGGCAAGGCAGCUUUCCUGGCAUGAACCAGAGUGGACUUGUGGCUUCCAGCUCUCCCUACAGCCAACCCAUGAACAACAGCUCUGGCCUGAUGAACACACAGGCACCGCCUUACAGCAUGACGCCCACCAUGGUGAACAGCGCCACAGCAUCUAUGGGUCUUGCAGAUAUGAUGUCUCCCGGUGAAUCCAAACUGCCCGUGCCUCUCAAAGCAGAUGGCAAAGAAGAAGGCACUCCACAGCCCGAGAGCAAGUCAAAGGAUAGCUACAGCUCUCAGGGUAUUUCUCAGCCCCCAACCCCCGGCAACCUGCCAGUCCCUUCCCCAAUGUCCCCCAGCUCUGCUAGCAUCUCCUCCUUUCAUGGAGAUGAGAGCGAUAGCAUUAGCAGCCCAGGCUGGCCAAAGACUCCAUCAAGCCCUAAGUCCAGUUCAUCCACCACCACUGGGGAGAAGAUCACAAAGGUCUACGAGCUGGGGAACGAGCCAGAGAGGAAGCUGUGGGUAGACCGGUAUCUGACAUUCAUGGAAGAGAGGGGCUCCCCGGUCUCCAGUCUGCCUGCAGUGGGCAAGAAGCCCCUGGACCUGUUCCGGCUCUAUGUCUGUGUCAAAGAGAUUGGAGGUUUGGCCCAGGUUAAUAAAAACAAGAAGUGGCGUGAGCUGGCCACCAGCCUGCAUGUUGGCACUUCAAGCAGUGCGGCAAGCUCCCUGAAAAAGCAGUAUAUCCAGUACCUGUUCGCCUUCGAGUGCAAGACCGAGCGAGGGGAGGAGCCCCCACCCGAAGUCUUCAGCACCGGGGACACCAAGAAGCAGCCCAAACUCCAGCCGCCAUCUCCUGCUAACUCAGGAUCUUUGCAAGGCCCACAGACCCCCCAGUCAACUGGCAGCAAUUCCAUGGCAGAGGUUCCAGGCGACCUGAAGCCACCCACCCCAGCCUCCACUCCUCAUGGACAGAUGACCCCAAUGCAAGGUGGAAGAAGCAGUACAAUCAGUGUGCACGACCCUUUCUCCGAUGUGAGUGAUUCAUCAUUCCCAAAACGGAACUCCAUGACUCCAAACGCCCCAUACCAGCAGGGCAUGAGCAUGCCAGACAUGAUGGGCAGAAUGCCCUAUGAACCCAACAAGGACCCCUUUGGUGGAAUGAGAAAAGUGCCUGGAAGCAGCGAGCCCUUUAUGACGCAAGGCCAGAUGCCCAACAGCAGCAUGCAGGACGUGUACAGCCAGAGUCCCGCAGGGGCCGUGUCCAACCUGAGCAUGGGUCAGCGGCAGCAGUUUCCCUAUGGGGCCAGUUACGACCGGAGGCAUGAACCUUAUGGGCAGCAGUAUCCAGGCCAAGGUCCUCCGGCAGGACAGCCACCAUAUGGAGGACACCAGCCUGGCCUGUAUCCCCAGCAGCCGAAUUAUAAACGCCACAUGGAUGGCAUGUACGGGCCUCCAGCCAAGCGCCACGAGGGAGACAUGUAUAACAUGCAGUAUGGCAACCAGCAGCAAGAGAUGUACAACCAGUAUGGAAGUUCUUACUCUGGCCCGGACCGGAGGCCCCUUCAGGGCCAGUAUCCAUACCCCUACAACAGAGAGAGAAUGCAGGGCCCAGGCCAGAUGCAGCCCCACGGAAUCCCGCCUCAGAUGCUGGGCGGCCCCAUGCAGGCCUCCUCCGGUGAAGGGCCUCAGCAGAACAUGUGGGCAGCGCGUAACGAUAUGCCUUACCCCUACCCAAACAGGCAGGGCCCCGGCGGCCCUGCGCAGGCUCCCCCUUAUCCAGGCAUGAGCCGCACGGAUGACUUGAUGGUACCUGAUCAGAGGAU